GUGCCGGCAGCUCCGGGCUGGGCGCUCCGCGGGCGAGGCUGAGAUUGGCGGGCCGGCUCCAGGUUGAAACUGGAGUGGGACUCUGAGGCCGACCUCCAUGCCGCUCACCAGCAAAGGGACUGUGAACUGUGCGCUGGUUCUGGUCAACAGCAAGGGUUGCUGGCCCAGCUGGAAGUGAGGAGAGGACUGAGUGCCCUGAGGGCCAUCCCAGAGGCCACCGGGAUCACAAAACAGUCCCCCAUGUGAAUCCAUCCCAUGAUGCAACAUGCCUCCCCAGCCCCCGCUCUGACGAUGAUGGCCACGCAGAAUGUCCCGCCCCCAGCCUACCAGGACAGCCCACAGAUGACGGCGACCGCUCAAGCCCCCUCUAAGGCCCAGGCUGUCCACCUCUCCACGCCCUCGGCUGCUGCCAGCACACCCGUGCCCACUGCCCCCAUUGACCCCCAGGCCCAGCUGGAGGCUGACAAGCGUGCUGUGUACAGGCAUCCUCUUUUCCCGCUCCUGACGCUGCUGUUUGAGAAAUGUGAACAGGCCACCCAGGGCUCUGAGUGCAUCACGUCCGCCAGCUUCGAUGUGGACAUCGAGAACUUUGUCCACCAGCAGGAGCAGGAACACAAACCCUUCUUCAGCGAUGACCCGGAACUGGACAAUCUGAUGGUGAAGGCGAUCCAGGUGCUGAGAAUCCACCUGCUGGAGCUGGAGAAAGUCAAUGAACUCUGCAAGGACUUUUGUAACCGGUACAUCACCUGCCUCAAAACCAAGAUGCACAGUGAUAAUCUGCUCAGGAAUGACCUCGGGGGGCCCUACUCCCCCAACCAGCCCUCCAUAAACCUUCACUCACAGGACCUCCUGCAGAAUUCCCCCAAUUCCAUGUCUGGAGUCUCCAAUAACCCCCAGGGGAUUGUGGUCCCAGCCUCAGCGCUCCAGCAGGGCAACAUCGCCAUGACAACCGUCAACUCACAAGUGGUGUCAGGUGGAGCCUUAUACCAGCCGGUUACCAUGGUAACCUCCCAGGGUCAGGUGGUCACCCAGGCAAUCCCCCAGGGAGCCAUCCAGAUCCAGAACACACAGGUUAACCUUGACCUCACCUCCCUCCUGGACAAUGAGGAUAAGAAGUCCAAGAACAAACGAGGAGUCUUGCCCAAGCAUGCCACCAAUAUAAUGCGUUCUUGGCUCUUCCAGCAUCUCAUGCACCCCUACCCCACGGAGGAUGAGAAGAGGCAGAUCGCAGCCCAGACAAACCUCACCCUCUUGCAAGUGAAUAACUGGUUCAUCAAUGCCCGAAGACGCAUCCUGCAGCCUAUGCUUGAUGCCAGCAACCCUGACCCUGCCCCCAAAGCCAAGAAAAUCAAGUCGCAGCACCGGCCCACCCAAAGAUUUUGGCCCAAUUCCAUCGCUGCAGGGGUGCUGCAGCAACAGGGCGGUGCCCCAGGGACAAACCCUGAUGGGUCCAUCAACCUGGACAACCUGCAGUCCUUGUCCUCAGACAACGCCACCAUGGCCAUGCAGCAGGCUAUGAUGGCGGCACACGACGAUUCCCUGGACGGGACGGAAGAAGAGGAGGAGGAUGAGAUGGAAGAGGAGGAGGAGGAGGAGCUGGAGGAGGAGGCGGACGAGCUGCAGACAACGAAUGUCAGCGACCUGGGCUUGGAACACAGUGACUCGCUGGAGUAGCCGAGCCGCCCAGGUGGCACUGGUCACCGAGCGGGAGAGGAGCGUCAUCAG